AAGAUAGAUAGAUAGAUAGACAGAUAGACAGACAGACAGACAGACAGACAGACAGACAGACAGACUAUCAAGUAGUUCAUUCAUACAACAAGCUGACUCCCUUGCAGCCUCGCCUGUAUUAGAUCUGCAUUAAAUAAAUGUCCCUCCAGAGUAUUAUUCAGCUCUGGCGGUUGUACAUCCAGUGUGUAGUAAAAGUUGUGGGCUAUUGACACCAUCAUGGCAUUUGCACCCACAAUGUUAUAGUUAAACUUUAUACCACAACUGGCUUUGCUUUGGUAUGUGCAGCAGUGCGACCGGGUGAAACACAAUGCAGGCCCAGAUGCUGGAAGUUUUAACAGUGAAGUCCAACAAUGAUGUUCAGAGCUGCAGAAAGGUGGAGAGUUCUUCCUCGACUGGAGAUUGUUUUGGGUCUUUCACUCUUACUUCCUACAGGCGCCUCUCCAACCCCUCAUUUUUACAGUGCUAUAAAAGUGGCUGUAAAACGAUGCAUUGUGCGCCGUUAUUGGGGACAGCUUUCAGCAACUAACUUGUUAACCUCGGGGUUCUGGUUACUUGGAAGGCGUCGCAGUCCUCGGUAAUCAUUUGCAAAUUAUCGUGAUAUUUCUUUUUUUUUUUUUUUUUUUCCCCAAAGCUAAAAUGCAGCACAAGUAUCUUUAAGAGUUUUGUCUUUACUUGGACUAAAACAAAAUAUACGACACAUUAGACUUGGCUGCUCGGUCUGGGAGGAGUCUGCAGUCGGCUGGUGUUUUAAUUGGCUGCAGUCUUCGGUGAGAAGCGUGAGUAUCAGUAAUUAUUCAGCAAUGUUUUUGCACAAGAAAUGUCAGCCAGAGAGGGCCAUCUUCAUCCGCCGCCAAAUAACAGCGCGACGAUGUCAUGUUCCAACAACCAGGCUGGGAACUCCUUCUUUGUGGACUCCUUAAUAAACGUGAGAAGCGACGGCGCACCGUAUUACCAAAGUAACAGUCUGUAUUUGCCACCGGCUUCGGAAUAUUCAUAUGGGAUCUCCAGCGGCUCCUGUUUCCCGGCAGUCGGGAAGCGCAGCGAGCCAACGACCCACAGCGUGAUUCCGUCCUCGGUUCCGUAUGUUCAGGGGAUGGAAACGUGGCUGGAAACGUCCAGGUCCUGCCGAGUGGAUCAACCCUGUAGCGGGCAGCAUUUGGCUCAGUGUUCAUUUUCACCGAGCAUAAAGGAGGAGAGCGCCUGCUGCCUUUACGAGACAGACAAAUGUCAUAAAGGAGCGUCAGCGGAUGACAUAUCCUAUUCUACUGCGUCCUGCCCCGUUACCCCCGGCAACACCGUGCCAGUCCCGGGUUACUUCCGCCUGUCUCAAACCUACACGUCCUCCAGGUUAUAUCACGAUGUUCAGCCAGACAUGAAUCACUUCAGUCUGCAGCGACCCAGCCGCUUUGAAGGCCAGCCCUCACAGCCGCAGUCUGCCUCUGCGGAGCCGGAGCACGGGGAGAGCCACGAGGAGGCGCCCGGCUCUGCGCCGUGCGCUCCGGCCAGGGAGGAGGAGGACACCCGCCUUUCCUUGGAGAGCUCGUCUUCCACUGAGCCUGCAGAGACGGAGUGUAAAGAUAAGUCCGUAAAAGGAGAUGGCAAAAUGGAGAGCACGGCCAACUGGCUGACAGCAAAGAGCGGCAGAAAGAAGCGGUGUCCCUACACCAAGCACCAGACUCUGGAGCUGGAGAAGGAGUUCCUCUUCAACAUGUACUUGACACGGGAGCGUCGCCUGGAGAUCAGCCGCAGCGUGCACCUCACCGACAGGCAAGUCAAAAUCUGGUUCCAGAACCGGAGGAUGAAACUGAAAAAGAUGAGCCGUGAAAACAGGAUCCGGGAGCUCUCCAGCAACUUUGGGUUUUCGUGAGACUUUGAUGAGAAACGCCCUCUUCCUGUUCCUCCUUCCUUCCUCCUUCUCCUCCACCCAAACUGUGAGAGUGCCCUUGGAGAAACAGGACCCAACUGCUAACUUAUUGAUCAGAGCUGUUCUUGUCGUGGAUUUGUAUUUAUACAUGGUCACAUUUGAUCCAUCCAGUUGUUCAGGCUUGUACAUAAUUAUGCGCUCAAUCUGAGUGAUCCAUUGGAUUUUGCAUGCUGGACUGGCCACUGGCUCAUCUGUGUUACAGUUACAUGUAGGCCUUAAUGUGAUGACUAAAAAAAAAAAAAACAAAAAGAAAAAAAACAAGAGGUCUGGUGAAUAUUUGCACAUUAGCUGCUCAGAUUAAUAAAAACAAUAUAACCGCACAAAACCACAGGCUUUGUGCGUUGUUGUAAAUGUUUAUUUCGUGCAGUAUUUUCUUUUUUAUUAUUACACAGCGGAAUUUCUGCACAGCAAACAUUUGUUUUUAGAAAACCGACAUGUAUUCGUAUUUUUACGGUUGCCUAAUUUUGACCAGUCCUGAUUUAGCAACAUCAAAUAUGUUAAAUGCAACUUUUUUCAGCCCACAGGCUAAAGAAAAACGUUGAAACCAAGGCUUUGCUAGCGAUUUGUCUCACGACUAACAGCUUUUAAAGCCAGUUUAGGCAAGCAUCAACGUCGACAUCGACCAGCCUUACAGGUAGUUUAGACGGACGGGAGCCUCGGCUUUUCCAUGUAAUUUGGGCGCUAUUUUACUGGGGGAGGAAACUUUUUGUCCAGAGUUAACGAUUAAAAUAACAGCAGCAUCUCAUGGAGGUUAACCAGUAAUGACGGUAAAUGUUCUAACGAGGGGGAAGUGUGAAGAUGUCUGGAGAUCCCUGAGCAACAAACUGUGUUCAGCUCACUGAUGUUUUGUGGAAUUGCUUCAAGUUAGGCUUAUUUAACCUAAAUAAGGUUAAAAGUUUUCAACAGCAUUUUGACGUCAUUACGCACUCUUAUGUUGGCUAGACUUUUUCUGGGCUUCACUUUUCAGUAAUGACGUAAGCAGAAGGAAACGCCACCUUUUCCAUGUUUAUCCAACUCCUACACUUAUGUUGUAAUGGUUACCUGUGGUUGGGUUGUUUGACAUCUUAUAUUUUUAUUUAUUUGGUUAAUGAAUGUCUUUCAUUUAUAAACUACUUCAUGGACAACAAUAGCCCACAAUGAUCUAUGCGCGUAAUCACAGACUGGGUCUUUUUUUAUUUCUGAAAUCACGCUUUUUAUAAUAUAUAAAUUAAAUGUAUGUGCAUGGGUUACUUUUCAAGCAACAUACGGAUAAAACAUGUUUUCACUCUUAAAAUUAUACAGAGAAUUAUUAAAAAAAAAAAAUAAUAAAAUAAUCGUUUUGCAGGAGAGCAGGCUGUUGCGUGGUUUAGGUAGUCUCAUGUUGUUGGGCUAUUCAUUUUAUGUUCCCACAACACGAAACUGCCUUGAUUACCUCAGUGAAAUUCGUCUUAUAAUUAAAAGCAAACCACGUUGGAUUAUGUUCAUUAAUAAUUUGGGACGAAGUGCAUCGGCGCUUUAAAGCUGCAGUUCAGAAGCAUUGAGCUGGGGAGGGGAUUUGUCGGUGCGUAAAAUACAACAAUCAGAUAGGAGAAUUCUGUUAUUUCUGCAGGUUUUCAAAACUAUAAUUAGCUUGACAUGAAAAUCAUAGGAAGAAUUGAUAUUUAAAUUAUAGGCUGGAGUAAUAAAAAAAAAAAGAUUCAAUCGUUUUACAUUUUUUUCUACCUCCAGUAGAAAAGUGUGGACAGACAAGGCCUCGGUUAUGAUCACUGCAGUCUCGCCAGUUGCUUUAAAAAAAAAAAAAAAAGCCGGAUGCGUCUGCUCGGACCGUGCAGAGAAAGAGGACAAAGCCUGAGCUUUAUUGGUGAUAUUUAGCUUAGACAGCCCGGCUGUAACCUGAAGAAAAACAACCCAAUUGCCCGUGAUAAAAUGAACCGUUAUAUGGCACCCAAAUAACUCCAGCCCCGCUGUUUUUCCCGUCUUGGAAUGCCUUCAAAGACACAACUUGGUUAUCUCUUGGAAACUUUCCUCUAGGUUGUUUGCAAUAUAUUAAAUCUAAUCACAUAUUUCAUAGGUUUUUU